AUGCGAUUGAUCAUAACGGCAGCUUAAUAUCUAUCUCGUCGUAUUACAGCUCUUUCGCAAUCAUUGAAACGAUGCCGUGGUGAUACAACGUGUGUGUUCAUAUCUGAAGUUACCGAAUGUCCCUACUAUUGGAACACAACACUCAUGAGACAAAACAUAUUAGAAGACCGCGACGGAAUUCCACUUCGUAUUCAAAUCCUGGUCAACGACGUCAACACCUGCACACCCAUUGCUAACGCGGCUGUCACCAUGUGGCACUGUGAUGCAGGUGGCAUCUACUCACAUUACAUCCAAGCCAGUCAAAACGUUCAAAAUCCACAAAAAGACAAUUCUACAUUUCUUCGAGGUAUCCUGCUGACCGAUGUGAAUGGUCUUGUAACAUUUGACACGAUCUAUCCAGGAUGGUACAUUGGCAGAUCAAUUCAUAUCCAUGUGAAAGUGCAUCUUGGUGGAACUUAUGUGAAUGAAUCGAGUUACUAUUCUGGUGCGAAGUAUGUUCAUACUGGUCAAUUGUUUUUCAAUGAUUCGUUCAGUGAUCUGGUGAAUCAACAGGCACCGUACACCAAUCACACAGGUAGUCGCACGUUGAACAGCCAGGAUGGUAUCUAUGCAUUGACAAAUGUGUACACGUUGCUGAAUGUUCAAUAUAUGAAUUCAGACGGUGGCUUCAGUAGUGGUUUAUUCACUUCAAUAACUCUUGGUGUUACAUCACUUGACAGUGAAUCAACCACAUUAUCAUCAGUACCAACAACAACAACAACAGCAGCAGCAGCAGAAUCAGAAAAAGACUGA